ACCUGCUUUCUGAAACGGGCCCCUGGUCUGGUAGGGGUUACGUUCAGUAUCGCCUGUAAAUAUUAUACAUAUUUUAAGCUUUAAGUAUUGGCCAGGUCGAGAGAGGCGCUAGAGUCUCAGAGAAAAAUGAAAGAGCGCGUGUUGCGUAUGCACGUAGUUUGUGAGUAAGUGAGUGAGUGAGAGAGUAAUGUGAGGAUGCCAAAGAGAAGCGGUGGUGGUGCAGUUGAGUGGAGAGGGAGGAGAGCCAAAGCGCAAAUCGACAGGCGUGACAGCGGACUAUGGAGCAGAUCCCGUUUGAGCCCAGCGAGUUCGAGCGAGAGGCAGCUUAUCCCUUUCCCUUUUGCAACUAGUGUGCUGAAAACUGUAGGAAUUACUGGCUGAAAAGGAAUGGCUGAUCCUCUGCGGAGGACUAUACUUGCGAAACUUCGGGGAAAGAAAUUGAAGAAAGGAGCGUCAGCCGGUGGUGUAUACGGUUGUUCGGCUGCUACUGCAAAGAAGGACGGGGAAGGUAAAGACAUAGUACUUCUGCAACAGCAAAACAGUGAGACUGACUCGAUAUUCUUUAUUACAGAGCUGGACUGUGGACCGGCGCCUGAAAGAAUGAGUACCUACGAGAAUUUUGACAACGGGGCGUUAGUAGAAGUCGGGGGUUUUCUUUUCCGGAAGUCGAAACGUGUGGUCUUUGCAAGUGCUUGUCCCCGCUACGAGGUUUCUAGUCGUCGCAUGAACCCCAGUAGCGAGGAGAGAGAGCCGACCAGCAGCAGGUGUAGAUAUCGGGUUAAUGAGGAGCUCCUGGGGGUCCCACUUCAAAGAGGUGUGCAGUUUUGGGACUAUGGUAAGGAUACGAUCCUUCAGGAGCCAUAUUCUUUAGGCAAAGCGGGGCUGCCCAGUGGGGAACGCGUCGCAGGUCUGCACACACCGGGAAAACACUUUCCGCGGAAGUACAGCGUAGGCGAUUCAAUUGGUUUUGGGGAAAACCACAACCAUCACGUCUCCCAUACACAAUUAUACUCAAAUAGUACAGAAGUUGUCGAUGCCGCCCGCAUCUCUGACCUCGAUACAGUCAGCGUAUGUUUGGACAAAGAAGCAAGAGUUCAUAGAUAUGGAAGCAGCGAUCGUUCUUUAAGAAUGCAGCACAUGGCGGAGAGUGUUGUGGCUGUAAACCAGCGUCGACAUAACGCCGAUUCUAAUUAUGACCAUAACCGACCUAUAAAUACAAAAUCUGCAACGUGCACCACACUCAUAAAUCCAACUUGUGACCCAAGCUAUUGCCUCACAGGAAGUAAUACCGAGGAGACCAUUUUAAUCAGAAACAUUGAGAGCUAUGAAAGCUCAGAGUUCUCUGGCAAAAUCAGGUUGAUCAACCUUCAGAGCCCAACCUAUUUCCCUACGGAAUCAGAAAUAAACAUGUCAUCGCUGUGUGCAACAGAAGGGUCCCCCAUUCGCCACUCUUUGGACAGUGAAGACGAGGACUACUACGAUAACGAAAUACUGCCCUUUUACGAAAGUGUGAGAAAUGGUGCACAUGAGAUGACACGUGGGAAGAACCAUGAAGUGGUCCAGAGCAGGAAGGAUAGAGGCCAGGGGUUGAGGGACAUCAGCAUCCAAGAGACCGACCGGCUCCGGAGCCAGCUGAAAGAGGCCUAUUAUCUCCUCAUCAAUGCCAUGCAUGAUAUCAACCUGGACGUGCAGCAGCAGCAUAGUGAUGGUAAGAAGCAGCAGACGUACUCCUCUAGCAGCAGCCCCUCCAGGGACAGCCUGUGCUCCAGGCUCUCAGUAAAGAAUAUGGACAGCGACUCCUGGUCGUCGGGGGGGGACCAAAGCCCCCAGCGGUUGUCGGACUCCAACCCCAACCUGCUCUGCGUCAGCGGGACGCCUGGGUCCUGGUGCAGGGGCAGUAGCCCCCUAGACAGCAUCAGCCCCCUGGACAGCAGCAGCCUGGGGAACCUCCUCUCCAUCACCAGCUCCUCGGGACCCCCCAUACCACGCUCGGCUAGCGACGGCGCUAUCAGCUAUCACCACUGUAGAAGAGGGCCUGUGGCCAUGUGGGAGGGCGCAGCCGACAGCGGGAGUCCUGAUUUGUGUGAGGACUUGGCUGUGGUGGAGCCUACAGGGCCAGAGGUUCAGAAGGAGGGAAGAGGAGGCCACCAGGCUGCUAACCAAGAGGCCACCAGCAGCAAUGAGCAGCCUCAGGACGGUGUGGGCAAUUCAUGCCGGAUGCUGUACGCGAGCGGGGGCUCCUUCGCCAGCCUCACAGGGUCAUCCGACAACAACAACGCAGACACCCCCCUGCCUGAUGCCCCCAAGGAUCCCACGGGUGCACAGACUCUGGCUGCCCCCACCUGCACCUUGGCUAGACAGGGUCACCACUAUGGUGUCACGGUGAACAAGAUGCAGGAAUGGAUGCAUAAGGGCCCCCUGCUGUCGUCGGAGAUGAAGCAGCGCAUCGAGGGUUCGUCAUCAUCCUCCUCGUCUACCUCCUCCUCCAGCCCGCCAGCGGGGCACAAGGCAUGGGAGCAGGAGGCCAUUCGUGGGGCCCAAAGGGUGAAACCGCUGGGUCACGGCGGGGACAAGCCGGUUCCCAAGUCCCCCCGGCAGUCCACUGCGUCGUCGCCACAGCAACAUCCAGUUCCCGAUGAGAAUGCACAGGGCCGUGAGCCAAACCAACGACCCAAUGAGCCGCCCGGUUGUCGGUCGAUGCUCAACUCCAUUACUGUCUCCAAGAAGCGCAACUGGCUGCAGCAAAGCUCGCUGGGGAGGGUCCAUGGGGUCGAGGAGCCCCUUGGAGAUCUUGGGGCUGAUGAGGAGGGAGGACAGGCCCCACGUGACCAGCCUCUCAUUCGUCCCAGUUCUUCCCCUGAACUCCUGAUGCCCCCAGGGGUUUCAUCGUCACGCCCAGUGCGUUUUCACCUGCCGCAGGCCCGGGUCACACCACAGAUCCGGUGCAUUGACCCGGCUGAAGAAAACGAUGCAGAUGACGAGGGUGAGAUCUGGUACAACCCCAUCCCUGAGGACGAAGAACCAGCUCAGGUGACCAAAAACAACCCCCCCUCUAGGAGACCAGUGGCCUCACCUCCGCAGGAGAGCCAAGCCCCAAAGAGGAGGCCAAGCAGGUGCUGGGAUGGAGGCUCCUGUAGGACGCCAGACACCUCCACCAACACGGCCCGGCCAGAGAGGCUUAGGGAAGGCGGGGGCCUGGCCUUCAUUGCUGGCGGAGGUGAAGGAGGAGAUGGGAGCCAGGGAAAUGCCACACAUUCCAUAGAUACACCACAUCUGCACAGGCAGAUGCUUUCUUGCAAAUCUCAGGAGGAGGCGGGGGCUUCCGGCAGCAGAGCAACGGAAGGCUCGGAUGAUCCCCAGGCAGCUGGGUUCUCGCCUCCCUCCAGCCCCAACCCAGCCAAGAAGCCCAGUUCCCUGAACUGGUCCUUCCCUGACAAGAUCAAGUCCCCACGCACGGUCAGGAAAAUCUCCAUGAAGAUGAAGAGGCUUCCGGAGCUGAGUCGUAAGCUCAGCGUCAAGGGGUACCCCAGCAACGCCAACAGCAGCAGUGGCGGGGGCAACAGAGGCAGCCAAUCAGAGACCAGGGCCAACUCCUUUAGGCUGAAAAGCUCGGGUCCCGAGGCUAUGGCAAACUCCUCGAGACAUCCCAGGUUCUCUACGCCCGGUGGAGGAGGGCAGGCGAGCCACAACGUUAUCUCACGCUACCACCUGGACAGCAGUGUCUCCACCCAGCACAACUACGGCAAGAAGGAGAACAGUGGCGUGUCCAAGUCUGCCAUUAAAGGUGGCUAUCUCAGUGACGGAGACACCCCCGAGCUGGUCGCCAAGUCUGGGAAGCGCGGCUGCACGGAGGGCAGCGGGCGGAAGUGUAAGGAGUUGGGUCCCGGGAGUGUGGGAGCCGAAAAGGCGAUUGGGGGCACGGGGACUGCUGCCGGAGGGGGGGGCCCUCCAAAGCUGCACGGAACUGAGCUAGACAUCGACGCCUUCCGCCCAUACAGUUUCAGCCUGCAGCCAAAGUGCAGCCAGUACAUCUCGGGGCUGAUGAGCCUACACUUCUAUGGCGCAGAGGAUCUGAAGCUACCGCGCGUGGACUCACGUGAUGUCUACUGUGCCAUACAGGUGGACUCUGUGAACAAGGCACGAACUGCCCUGCUCACCUGCCGCACCAGCUUCCUGGAGAUGGACCACACGUUUAACAUCGAGCUGGAGAACGCCCAGCACCUCAAGCUGGUGGUGUUCAGCUGGGAAUCAGCGCCCAAGCAGCGCAACCGCGUCUGCUGCCACGGCAUGGUUGUGCUGCCGGCGCUUUUCCGUGUAACACGCAGCCACCAGCUGACCGUGAAGCUGGAGCCACGUGGGCUGAUCUACGUUAAGCUUAACCUGAUGGAGCACUGGCAGAACUCACUGGACGGGGGUUGGGACGGCAGCCGGGAGCGCCGGGUGUUUGGCGUGGAGGCGUGGCGCGUGGUGGAGCGGGAGAGCACGGGGCUCCUGGUGCCACUGCUCAUACACAAGUGCAUCACUGAGAUCGAGAAUAGAGGCUGCCAGGUGGUGGGUCUCUACCGUCUUUGUGGUUCGGCGGUGGUGAAGAAGGAGCUACGGGAGGCGUUUGAGCGAGACAGCCUUGCCACAGAGCUGUGGGAGAACACCUAUCCCGACAUCAAUGUCAUCACAGGGGUGCUGAAGGACUACCUGCGGGAGCUGCCCUACCCUCUAAUCACCAAGCAACUGUACGAGGCCGUGCUGGAGACCAUGGUACAGAGGCCGCUGUGCAUCGGAGCCUCAGGCUGUGAGAACGACGCCGCUGACACCCAACAUACAGUCAGCCUGCUGGAGAAGCUGCCGGAGGUGGAUAGGGUAACACUCCGGAAGCUGCUGGACCAUCUGAAGCUGGUGGCGUCUCACCAGGAGGUGAAUAAGAUGACGUGUCAGAACUUGGCCGUGUGCUUCGGCCCUGUGCUGCUCAGCCAGCGGCAGGAGGCCUCCUGCCACACCAACCGGGUCUUCAUCGACUCCGAGGAGCUGGCCAGUGCCCUGCACUUCAAGAAACACAUCGAGGUCCUCCACUACCUGCUGCAGCUUUGGCCAGUGAUCUAUCCGGGCCAGCCCUUGAACUCCACCCCGACUCCUCACGCCUCUUCGUCUCUGACCAGUACCACUACCGCCAUGAUGAUUGACCUCCUGGGGGCCCCUCCACCACUUCGGCGGAGGAAGGAGCGGCCCCAGGUGCUGAACCUGAAUGAGGCGGAGAUGGCGGGCGUGCUGCGGCCCAAACCGGGCCGCCUGGACAGCCCCAGCAACCGCUACGCUGGCGACUGGAGCUGCUGUGGUGAGAGCUAUUUCGGAGUGCCGGAAGUACAAAUGCUCUCCGGGCCUCAGAGUGGCAGAGUUGAGGCGGACUAUGACGACGUGCCCUCUGAGGCAGGUGUAGAGGAGGAGGAGCAGCAGGAGAAGGAACAUAAAGUUUAUGAGGUGAAGGUGGAGGAGGAGGUGAAGGAGAAGCCAGAGGCUAGACAACAUGAUUGGGAGGAUGGAUCAGAAAAAGAGUCGGAAAAGGGAAAAGAGGGGGCGGUGGAGGAGGAGAAGGAUGAUGAGAAAAGACAAGAGACAGACAAAGAGGAGGUGGAGGAGGAUGAUAAUGAAGAGGAGCAGGGGGAGGUGCUGGUUGAGUCUGACAGUUUUGGAUGCACUCAGCCCUUAGAGACCAAGAUGAAGGAAGAAGUAGCCAUGAUGGAACAUGAGGAAGAGAAGAAGGGGCAGCAGCAGCAGGAGGAGGAAAGGUUGCGCAUCCACAUUCUGCAACCACACCUCCAAAAGAAGCAUGCGUACCAGGCCUACGUGAAUAUCCAGGACAUCAGCCCCGUGCUCAGCAACAGGGUCAAUCUGCGGGACCUGCAAGAGAGCAUAGACACGCUCAUAGGCAACCUGGAGAGGGAGCUCAACAAGAACAAGCUUAACGUUGGCUACUGACGUGCACGUCCGCACCACGAAUACCUUGCACAUGCAUGUCUGGCACGCAUGCAAACGCAUGAUGUUAGACCGAUGGCGGUGCUUCAGGGUACAACCACAGUGUGGGUGAAAUGUACGGCAACACUGAUGUGUUGAUGCUCAAUGUGCUUUAUUUUCCAGUACAACAAAAGACUAAAUAUGAAUAAUUAUUUGUAAAAGAUGAGAGGUCUUCGCUAUUUUCUCUACCCUUAGACAUUCCACAAUGAUUUAGCUAUCAACUAUUUGUUUAUUUUGUUCCUUUUUUACGAUGUAAUCCGGGUUUGUGUUUAAUGUUAUUGUUGGUUCUCUUCUUAUUGGAAGAACUCAUUGACCCCCAGGGGUGUAAAAGGUGCCUUGAUUGUGCGAAGGUGGUGUGCUGAAUAGGACAAUCCUGAAGUUAAGGAACACAGAAACAAUAUUAUUAAUAAUAAUAAUAUGCCAAUAUUAACAUUGUAUUAUUCAGAUGAUAUUUGACAUGCUGGAAGUCUGGAAAUAACAUUGAUCCCCAAGCUAUUAUUAGGAUUUCCUUGUUUGAGCUACGUUAUCUGAUGUUUUAUGGUUCUUUAGGUCUAACGAAUGUUGGUAUUAAAUCCAUAAGCCAGCUUGUAAUGUUCUAGUAUUAGGAAAAGUCUGGAAAAUUGUCGGUAUUGUUAUGCCUCACAUAAUGGGCCUGAGGGGUAUUCCAUCAAAGUCGCUAACAAAGGUGGCGCUUAGUUGAUUAAGCCCAGUUAGAACUAACGCCAACUUCCACUUGAGGCUAAAGCCGUUCCAGCAACCCAGUUCAGCAACCCAGCUAACGCUACAUGCCCACUGCACCGUCAGUCAACGGACGUGGGAAGGCGUGGCUGACGGAUGGGGGAGUAGUAUUUGCAGAGGCAUCCGUCAGCCAAUCAAAUCGCUUCGCCGGGUUCUUCCCGCUUCUUCCUGCUUGUUGCGAGGCAAGAUGACCCGCUUUCCCGCUUUCCAGUAUCGUCAGAGCCCGAGUCGCGUCACAGUGCUUAAAUUUGCAUACGCAAUCUGAUUGGAUGACGGAUCCGUCGCUGCCAAAAAAGUUGAACAUUUUUCAACUUUUUGACGGAGCCGAAGGCUCCAACGGAACGGACGGAUCCACAAUGCAUUGCGCGUCCGUCCCCAUUCAAAGUCAAUGGGGAUCAGUCAACGGACGGAGGUAGUGGGCACGAGGCGUAAGGCUAGUUCAAGCCAGGCUUACGUUAUCGUGGAUUACGCCGCUCACGAGAUAUGUAACCAGCCCAGAACCAUGAAUGUCGAAUCAUGGAUCAAAUGUCCGAAAAGGACCGAGAGGGAUCUUUUCCAGCGGUGAACAGAAGUCUAUGAGGAGUACAACUGUACAAGCAUAUAUAACUCAAAAAGGGAACCCCAUCACCAUUAAUAAAAACAGGGAGGCCGCCUGACAAUAAAAUCGCUGUUCUUUUGAAUGCAUAAGUAGUAUUAAGCGUAAGAUAUUUAAAUGUAAUAUUGACCGAUUUGUCAUCAGGGAGAUGGUCUUGAAGUACCAUGUCAGACUUGCACCCGAUCGUCUAGGGUUCAAUCCCCAGCCAUUUAGUAAUUUAGGAAGGAUUCCUGGAGAAAUCCAACAACUUUUCAUGCAUUUUAUUUUCCAUUUCUUUGAAUAGACUUAAUUGACUAAACAUAGUAUUUAUGAACAGAGGUGGUCUCAGCUACCUGCCGAGAAACUCACCUGAAAGGAAUUUACGUGGCUGACAAUUUCCCAUGCAGCAGUGUCUUAAUUUCCCUAUCAGUAACAUUAAUAUUAACAUUAACUUUACCAUGGGUUUUUGCAAGUUAUAUUUUGGUUCUGGGGAUAUUGUAAGACAUAUUUAUUAUAUAAAAAGUCAAUUGUGAGGCCUAAUUUUUCUGAUAUAAAGUAAAUUACAAAAAUAAGCCUACGCCAAAAAUUGAAAAAAAGUUGUUGGAGAAAUCCAACAACUGUUCAUGCCUUUUAUUUUCCAUUUCUUUGAAUAGACUUAAUUGACUAAACAUAGUAUUUAUGAACAGAGGUGGUCUCGGCUACCUGCCGAGAAACUCACCUGAAAGGAAUUUACGUGGCCGACAAUUUCCCAUGCAGCAGUGUCUUAAUUUCCCUAUCAGUAACAUUAAUAUUAACAUUAACUUUACCAUGGGUUUUUGCAAGUUAUAUUUUGGUUCUGGGGAUAUUGUAAGACAUAUUUAUUAUGUAAAAAGUCAAUUGUGAGGCCUAAUUUCUCUGAUAUAAAGUAAAUUAAAAAAAUAAGCCUCCGCCAAAAAUUGAAGGACGUAGGCUACUCAGGACGCGAACUCGCUUCGCCCGAACCUCAGGGCAAAUACUAGACCACUCCCCGAACUGCUAGUUCACAAAUUUGACAGAAUACAUAGCAUUAGAUACAAAUGUUAUAAUAUCCACUAUAACAAUAGAUAGCAAUUCAUUUAAUUAUUUUAUUUGCAUAAUUUGAUCUUAGACCCUUAAAAUAUACGCUGUUUGUAAGCCUACUUCAUAUAUGUACAUAUAUGACAAAAUCGUGAGGACUAGGCUUGGUGGAACCUUCUGAUGGUACACUUGUUUCCGACAGAUGGGACUUCUCUGAAACACCGCUCAAGUAAGCCUGAGAGUUGGCCUGGUACCGACCAGUUUCAUUUGGUCAGAUAAAUUGCCAUGGUUACUUAGCAGAGUUUCCCUUAAGUCAGGUCGAUGGAACGCAACUCUACCUUAAAGUAGCAAGGCUAAGCGAAAUAAGCCCGGCUUUGCCUUUAGCUUUGUUGAUGGAAUACCCCCCUGGUCAGGGAAAAUUAGGUGGUCCUAGUUGUUUCAGUAUGAUUACGUUUUGGAAUGCUUUCGGUGAGACUUUCCCUACGUUCAGAAAGCUGGUCUAAUCUGUCCAAAAUCAUCAAAUCAAAAUUAUGUGAAUUGAAUUAUUUUCUACUUAUGUCUGAUGCUGUGUAAAUGUUACUUCAACCUGGAAUGGGUGCAAUUCCAGUCUUCCAUAGUAAUCUUCGAAUAACUCAAGCUUCAUUAUACAUAUCUACAAAUAUUUUAGAAAUGUGAUUUAUACACUUUUCACAUUGACUUCUUGACAAAAGUAAUCUUGGUAUGUUUAUCGGUUUCUACUUAAGACUUGGAGUUGAAAUAACGUAGUAUUUAUUGAUCUCAGGGGUAAGUAGAAAAAAGGAGAAAAUCUCUCUACAGUAAUUUUUUAACAUAUAUGCACUUAUAAGGCGGGGUGUGUGCUGAUAUGGUUCACAUUGCACUACUACACGUAUCAGUGUGUGUAAGCACUGCCAUGGACUAGCAUGGUUCGACACAAUGCUAUGCAGUGGCAGAUAAAAAUGACUCAGGCUAAGUAAUUGAAAUUGCCUUCAGUAAUUUGGACACAUAAAGUCACACACUCUAAGCAUGUGACGGCAUAAGAUGGAGAUAUGGGGGAUUGCCCUCCAAAAUGAGUCCAUAGUAUUUAAUGGAGUGUUCAACUGUGGGUUGAAGACAAAAAAUGGAAGACAAAUGUUUCUUCUGAUUCUUCCCCACUGGACAAAACCUUUGGGCCAAACUAUUAAAACCAUGAGUGGGACAAAGGCAAAUGUGAAGCGCAUGGUAGGAGUGGCUAUUACAUAGUAAAAAUCGUAACAGUAUGAGUUUUAUUCAGCUGCCUGAAUAGAUAAAAUAAUUUCUCCAGCUAUCCAGGGAUUCAGAAUGAUCAUUUAACCUAUAUGUGUACAGAUAAAUAUCUAUAAAAAUGUAUGAGUAUAUUUUGUUAGCUUAUGUUUCAGUGCCGUAAUAAAAAUUAAGAAUGUAUAAACAUAGAUAAUAGAUACUGUAUUUAUAUUAAUAUGUAUAUUUACAGUAUAUAUUUAUAUAGAAUAAUGCUAGUCUACCCACUUCAACCAAAUGGUUUGUUGAAACAUCUUAUCUCUGGUUAUAGCAACUGCUGUAUCAACAAUGCAUUGCUUUUUUCAGCCAUGAGCUGUGUCAUUUAUUCCCAGAGUGUGAGAUGGUGAAAGUGGGCUACAGUGGGUUGUCUUCCACACCAUUUGUCCCUGGGAAACACAGAGGAUACAGUUGAGCCUCUGCCUCCAUCUUACAGUUUUCAUUGCACUCACUUAUUGGUAGGUGAGUGCAACAAAAAUCAAAACAUCCAAAGUGAACCUUUAGUAGUCGGAAGGAAGCAAGUAUCAGCCUGUGCAUGCCUAUGUCAUUGUUUGUGUGUGUUGACAUUUAAUAGGUAUUCAAAAUGUUUUGUUUGUCCUUUGCAGAGAAAAUGCUGCAUAGAAUGCAUUAGACUAAGUGCAAAUUUGACUUUGUACUGACUCCAAGAAAAGUAUGAUCAGAAUAAAGUAUAAUAUUUCAAGAAGA